AUGGUCAGACAAUUAAAUUGCCUUCGCACCUGUCCGAGCGUACUGGCUCACCUCAGUGCUAUGCGCGGUGCCAUCGCCGGCAGUGACAAUGAUUUGCACUGUGAGGGCUCAGCGCUAGCUCAGAAUAAGGUUGCUGGCGACGACGCUCCAACAGAACGGCAUCCUGAAAAGCGUAUGAAAGCAGUCUACAUGGCGUACGAGGAGAAAGUCCUGCCCGAGCUGCGUAAGGAGAAUCCGGGCAUGCGUCUGUCGCAGCUGAAACAACUAGCCUUCAAAAACUUCCAGACUGCUCCCGAGAAUCCCAAGAAUCAACCACACCUGGACUAUAACACCAAGUAA